CCCGGACGUGGCAGUCGGCAGUCGUCCUGUGUGGAAAUCAGAAUAACUGGAUCAGUGUAAAACCAACACACGUCGCCUGCGCUGUGGCUAAUAUCGGUUCUUCUGCCAUAGAUUGAAACACCAUCGGCCAGUAAUGGGGCUCACCAUCUCAACAAUCUUCGACCGGAUCUUCGGCAAAAAACAAAUGAGGAUUUUGAUGGUUGGGCUGGAUGCGGCUGGUAAAACAACGAUCUUGUACAAAUUGAAGCUUGGUGAAAUUGUGACCACCAUCCCAACCAUUGGUUUCAACGUGGAGACAGUAGAAUAUAAAAAUAUCAGCUUCACUGUUUGGGAUGUGGGCGGCCAGGACAAGAUUAGACCCCUCUGGAGACAUUACUUCCAGAACACACAGGGGCUCAUCUUUGUGGUGGACAGCAACGACAGAGAAAGAGUGGCAGAGUCUGCAGAUGAGCUCUCAAAGAUGUUGAACGAGGACGAGUUGAAAAAUGCUGUUUUGCUGGUGUUUGCUAACAAACAGGACCUUCCCAAUGCCUUAACAGUCAGCGAACUCACAGACAAACUCGGUCUACACAACCUCCGCAGUAAAACUUGGCACGUUCAGCAAGCCUGCGCCACCCAGGGCACUGGGCUGUAUGAAGGACUUGAGUGGCUAUCCAAAGAGCUGUGCAGGAACUAAAGAAGGAUUGGCUGGACAGAUGAGAGAGAGAGAGAGACUGAACUCCACAGGACAGGAGAGAAGGCACAGACAUUCAAAACCAGAAACAUUUGGUCUUCCAGCACCAAUGUUCACAAAAAGGACGAGGCUGGUGGACGAUAUAUAAUCAUCUUUGGGAAAUUUUAAUAUUACGUGUUUUUUCUUUUAUUAUCAUACUAUUACCAUAUUAUCUCUUGACAUAGUCUUUAUUUUUUUCCUUUUCUUCCCAACUCUUACAUGGCAGCAGGUUGUAAUUACACAUUCAGUUGCAUGACGAGCAAAUGGUCUAUUAGGGAAAUCUCAUGGAAACAGUGAAUAGAGUGAUGGGAGUUGUAUUUUUGUUUGACACCUGGGCUCCUGUUUAGGCAGCAUUUGCAGUAAUUGAGUACUUACAUAGCUGUUGGACCUACCUGUAGCCACUGUUGAGCCUAGGUUAGGGGGAUAUGAUAAUAUAACGGUAGAGCUUUGGCGAAGAACGACUUGUAGGCCGCCUCAGGCUGUUCAUCUCCACAACCCCUCGUGGAUAUUAGACUCCCUCACAGACCUGACCCUUUGCUCUUCACUGCUAUGUCUCAUGCCAACUCAUUUCUGUAAAGGCCUGCAGCUCGUAGAAGGAGAUGGAUGGGAAUUGCGGCGAUUUCACAGAUAGAUUUUGUUAGUCAUGCGGGGCCUCCCAGUAAAUGGAUCCAAAAAGGAACACGGUGCCUUCUGGUCCCUCUUAACACAAAUCUGAGUAAUCCUUUCCUUUAUCUUAUUCUGAGGUCAUGCUUACUCGUGAGAUGCUUUAGUGACUUUUUUUGCUUUUGAAAGACAAAAUAAUGCAAUAAGACACUUCCUUUUGUUUUGCAAUGUGUGCUGUGGUGCAGCAGUACCACACCAGUGUGAGAGUAGUCUUUACAACUUCACCAUCAACCAGGGUUUUGUCCAGUUUGAACAUUUGUAAAUUUGUCCGCACUCCUCUUCCUUCUUUUUUUUACCACCCACCAUGAAAAAAAAAGGAUCUAAUUUAAAAGUUAGUUCGUUGUCCACUCUUUCUUUAAAUCACUUUUAACGCAGAAAAGGGGGAAGGAAGUGUCUUUCCAGUGUUGACACAUGGCCAAUGUCAGUGUGACACAGUAAAGUAGCAUGUUUCUGUUGUUGUUUUUGUUGUACUGUCUCAAUGCAAAUACUGUAUUAUAUUCUUAAUUAUUCUACCCCUCUUAAAACACAAAAACAUAUCUGCCCAUGAGCUUUUUUUUGUGUAAACAUUCCAACUUAUGCUUGCAGAUGCUGAAGCUGCUGCUCUUAAAAUUAUUCGCGAAAAAUAUUUUCCACAAAAAAGCUCUGAAUAAAAAUGGUGUAAAAAAAACAAAACAA